CCUGAAGUAGUUCGCUAACCGGCAGUGGCCACAUACGACUGAAGCGAAGGACAGCAGGACGACCUAUUCGUAUACACGCACUUCUCGAAGUACCGGCACCGCUUUCAGACAAGGCUUCACUGGCGCGCAUCAAAAGAUGAGCCUCGCCCAGCUUUCAGCCGCAGCUAUCCUGGUGCUCCUGGCGGUGUCAAGGUGCCAUGCGUGGCCAACAAGCGUCAACGUUCAAAUUUCCUCGCGCGACGCAGUGAAAGUGGAAGAGAGAGUUCUCCUACUAUGCGAAGGAAGAGAAAUACACAAGGAGUGCGAGAGCAGCAACUGUGGCGAAGAGAGCUGCCGUCAGCUGCUCGGAACCCAGCCAAAGAAGCCGACUUGCAAUAAGGACUGCGUGACCGGUUGCUUUUGUCGGAAGGGCUUCUACAGGCACAAGAACGAUACAUGCGCCACAGCUACCGAGUGCCGGAAGUCCUAAAGAAAGCUCUACAAUGACGUGCACCUACGGUAUACUGCAGGCACGCUGAGAGCCGUCACAAGUUAUCGGGAUGCUUAAACAGCUCGUAUUUUUCCUUAGCAUCAUGCACAGGGGAGAUAUUUAGCUUCAAGA